GGACGCCGGCCCCUCUGGCCACGGGCUGCUCCGCCCCGUCAGUUGGUCCGCGCGUCCGUCAGUCGGUGUGUCCGGGCCUCCGGCUUCGCCCUCGCCAUGGCACCCUGGCUGCCGCUGCUGUCGCUGCUGGGGCUGCUCCUGGGCGCCGCUCCCGCCCCGCCCCGCCGAGCAGCCGACGCUCAGGCCCGGGAGGUGGCGUACCCGGCGCUGCUGGGGCCCGCCCGCUUCGCCCUGGAGAUGUACAACCGCGGCCGGGCAGCCGGGACGCGGGCGACGCUGGGGGCCGUGCGCGGUCACGCCCGCCGGGCGGGCAAGGGGUCGGUGUAUUCCCUGAAGGCGACCCUAGAGGAGCCUCCCUGCAAUGACCCCACGGUGUGCCAGCUCCCUGUGUCCAAGAAAACGCUGCUCUGCAGCUUCCAAGUCCUGGAUGAGCUAGGAAAACACAUGCUGUUGAGACGAGACUGUGGCCCAGUGGAUACCAAGGUUACAGAUGACAAAAAUGAGACUUUGAGUUCAGUCCUUCCACUGUUGAACAAGGAACCCCUGCCCCAGGAUUUUUCUGUGAAAAUGGCUUCAAUCUUCAAGGAGUUCGUUACCACCUAUAAUCGGACAUACGAGACGAAGGAGGAAACCCAGUGGCGCAUGUCUGUCUUUUCCAACAACAUGAUGCGAGCACAGAAGAUCCAGGCACUGGACCGUGGCACAGCUCAGUAUGGGAUCACCAAGUUUAGUGACCUUACAGAGGAGGAGUUCCGUACCAUCUACCUGAAUCCCCUCCUAAGAGAGAACCGCGGCAAGAAGAUGCAGCUAGGCAAGUCCGUUAGCAGCGCUGCCCCACCCGAGUGGGACUGGAGGAGAAAGGGGGCUGUCACCAAAGUCAAGGACCAGGGCAUGUGUGGCUCCUGCUGGGCUUUCUCAGUCACCGGCAAUGUGGAGGGCCAGUGGUUCCUGAAACGGGGGGCCCUCCUCUCCCUCUCUGAGCAGGAGCUCUUGGACUGUGACAAGAUGGACAAGGCCUGCCUGGGUGGCUUGCCCUCCAAUGCCUACUCAGCCAUAAAGACUCUGGGAGGGCUGGAGACAGAGGAUGACUACAGCUACUGCGGCCACAUGCAGACCUGCAGUUUCUCCGCAAAGAAGGCCAGGGUCUACAUCAACGACUCGGUGGAGCUGAGCCGGAAUGAGGAGAAGCUGGUGGCCUGGCUGGCCAAGAAGGGCCCCAUCUCUGUCGCCAUCAAUGCCUUUGGCAUGCAGUUCUACCGCCACGGGAUCUCCCACCCACUGCGGCCCCUCUGCAGCCCUUGGCUCAUCGACCAUGCUGUGCUGCUCGUGGGCUACGGCAACCGCUCUGGCAUUCCCUUCUGGGCCAUCAAGAACAGCUGGGGCACUGACUGGGGCGAGGAGGGUUACUACUACUUGCAUCGUGGGUCCGGGGCCUGUGGUGUGAACACCAUGGCCAGCUCGGCAGUGGUGAACUGAGGAGCACCAGCUCUGGACCUGGUGCUGACCAGAGCAGCCCCUUCCUCAGCCUGACCUGCGUGUCCAGGCCCCUUCCCAGGAGGCAAGCUGGCUGAGGGACAGGCACCGGGUACCUCAGGGUGAGCAAAAGGCACUGGGCUAGGGCAACACCCCUACCCCUCUCCACCCACCCCUCUCCUGAAGUUCCCCAACGGCACCUUUGUUGACUUGUGGUAGCUAGAAGGCCCUUGGGGUAAAGGAUGAUGUCCUGGCAGCUGAAGCUGGCUGGGGCAAGAACCUCGGGCUUGGGUAAGGAGCAGGUGGGAAGAAGAUAUUCUGGUCAUAAACCCAGCUUUGUCCUUAGCAAGCUCUGGCUUCUUGCCCUGCCUUUUCCUCUGUCUGAUGCUAUAACUUUUCUGGUUCCCCCCGGAUUUGGGGACUGUUUCCUUCCACAUCUAGAGAAAUUAUUGUAACUUCCUUUUUCUAACAGCAAUAAAGAGGUGUCCUAGGCCCCA